AUGGGUUCCCCAGACCCGAGCACCAAGCAAGCUCCGGCCCUCGCGUCCGUAGCGUCCUGGAACCUCGAUCUCCGCCGCGCCAAGCACGUGAUCGGGUCGCUGCUCUCUCGUCUCCCGCUGAUCGGCGGACCAUCGGAAGCGGAUGAAGAGCCAAACGAAGCAGCGACCGGCUCUCGGCCUUCUCCUUCACUCGUACCGCUCCCGAUCGCCUCCGACGUAUCCAAGCCGGCAAGGAAUCCGUGUCCCGUGUUGUCCUAUCGCGAGUUCAUGGAGAGAAGGGGAGGGUCAUCGGACGGCGGGAGAGACCCGGACUCGGGCGUGUGCGCGGUGUGCAUGAACUGCCUGGAGGGGAGCGACCAGGUGAGGGAGCUUUGCUACUGCGCUCACGCGUUUCAUCGCGAGUGCCUCGACGCUUGGAUCGACCAGGGCCACGAAACUUGCCCAAUCUGCAGGGCGAAGCUGUGGAGCGAUCCGUCGGAGGAGCAGGGAGGAGACGGGGGCGGCGAUCCGUGGAGGGCGGAGAGGAUGGUGUACUUGUUUGGGGAGGAUCUGGAGUUCUGA